ACCGUUUUACUAAUCGAGAAGGAUGCGAUUGCGCAAAGGGGCGCUUUAGACUCUGGGCAAGGACUCGCGAACCGAAUCUCUUCUGCCCCCUUUGCUGCGCUCUUUCUUAGUCUCUCCCCCUCUGUCUCCUAGGUUCGUGUCCCCAGUCUCUCCGGGUGGGGGCGUGCCUUACCGUCUCCACUCUUGACGAGACCGGGUGGUACUGUGUGAGCAGCAGAGCAGAGCACAGCACCACAGCCCGGGGAGCGAACAAAAGGCGGUAUUAAAAAAAAAAGGAGGAGGGGUAGAGAAAGGUUCCGAUGCUGAUAGCGGAUAGAGGCUAGGAUCUGUGUGCUGUCACACACCCACCCCGCAGACCGAGGGCUACUGUCACAUCAGCAGGGCGAGUGGACCUCCCCACUCACGUUCACCUCGGCAGGCAGGAGCGAGUCGCAUUUUCUCUGCUGCAGAAGGGAGGGGGUCGCCAAGAGAAGCACGCUGGCUCGGGAUCUACGCUAGAAGGGCGGAUAAACCACCAACCAGCAGCAAUUAAAAAAAAAAAAGUCCAAAGAGGGAUUUUGUGGACAGAUUGGCUGUCAAGGAAAGAAAAGCAGAGAGGCGACGAACUAUGGAGAUGUCUGAGGCACUGACACAGCAGGAGAGACUCCAGGCUAUAGCGGAGAAACGGAAGAGACAGGCGGAGAUCGAGAACAAGCGGAGGCAGCUUGAGGAUGACCGCAGACAGCUCCAGCACCUCAAGUCAAAGGCUCUGCGGGAGAGGUGGCUGUUGGACGGUGCGCCCUCUGCUGGCUCGGAGGAAGAUGAAGCCAAGAAGCAACUGCAAGAGGAUGAGGCCAAGACCAAGGGACUGGAGGAGACCAUUCUGAGGCUGGAGCAGGAACUGGAGGAGCUCGAGACAGGGGUGUCGGCAACCUCAACCAAAGAGAACUUAUCAGAAGUGGCCAAGGAGGAGGCGGCAAAUGCAGGAGACAGCCUUGACAAAGCUCCCUCAGGCUCUGUGAAAGAGGUCAUAGUUCACAACAGCCCUCGACUGGACAAGUCCGGAGGUGCCUCAGAUAUGAUGAAAGCCGCGAUGUACUCAGUAGAGAUCACCAUUGAAAAGGACAGACUCACAGGGGAGACUAAAGUGCUGUCCACCAACACUCUGCUGCCCAAAGACCUCUUGCACCAAGGGGUCAAGGUCUAUGAGGAUGACCGGAAAGUGGUCCACGAGGUGCGUGGGGCAGAUGGAGCCCAGGAGAACGGGGUUCGGCUCCUGAGCUCCUCGGAGGUGGACGAGCUGAUCCACAAGGCCGACGAGGCCUCCGUGAGCGAGGGGACCCCGAAGAGGCCGACGCCAGCCCAGGGCCAGGAGCAGGCGCAGACCCCCAAGAAAGAGAUCACCGGCAUUGAAACCAAGCCCACCGCCAGCCCCCAGAACGCAGGAGGGGACACCGGCGUGGAGGGCCCGGUCACCAUGGUGUUCAUGGGGUACCAGAGCGUGGAGGACGAGGCUGAGACCAAGAAGGUGCUGGGGCUGGAGGGCACGGUCAAGGCCGAGCUGGUGGUCAUCGAGGACGGGGAGAGCAAAGGGGGCGCGGGGGCGGUCAAGGAAGACCAGGCGCCCCCUAACGGCAGCACCGCAGAGCCCCCAAAGAACCAGGAAGCUGCGGAGAAGACCGAGGGGGAGGCCAGCACAGGAGAGGUGAACUCAAAGGAGAAGCAGCCCUGCAAGUGCUGCUCCGUCAUGUGAGCCUGUCCUCUCGAAGGGCGACCUGACUUUUCAAGUAAAAAAAUAACCACAAAAAAUAUCAUUCUGUUCUGUAUCUUUUGAGCGACGGUUCCCUUUUUUUUCCCCAUGUAAACGUUCUGAUUUUUUAACCUUUUUUUUUGGGUGGGGGGGGUUCGUGUGAUCUGCUGUCAUGGGCUCGGCACCGAGUAAUAUCCGGGAUGGAUGAACGGACGUGCGUACAACACUCUCCCACACGCGUUUGAAUUUUGUAGUUUUUGCUCUUCCUGAAUGAAGGACUCCGAUAAAUAUUUAUCUAAAUGAAAAGUCGUUUAUUUUUAAAAGAUAUAUUUAUUCGUUUUUUUUAAUCUGUUCGCUCCUUUGGUCACUGCUUGUACAGAUAACAACACGUGAGGUGUCCCAUCUGCGCCGCGUUGAGCGGUUUUUAACACAAUCGUGGCGAGGUGGAGAGGUCACAACUCCAACCCCCCUUUUAAAAACGACAAUUCCCGAUGCGAUCUGGGACAAGAGAGUGACUGGAAACCUAUCUGUUGUUUCCAAAAGCGAAAGUUAGGUUAUGAAGUUAGGUUAUCGCCCAGAAAGUGGGAGAUAACGUGAGGCUGGGUUAUUAUCAGAGGAAGCAGGUUACAGAGUUAGAGGCAAGGGACAAGCUGGGAAUCACGAGAAUUGCACUGGAAGAAUAAAACAGCCUCAAACCUUGAAACCUUUUUCACUUAAAAAGGACAUUUUUAUAAAGAUCCUUUCCAGCAAAAUUGGAAUUAAAAUAGAAAUGCUAGACAGGUACAAUGUCCUAUUGUCUGUCUUUAGGAAAAAAAACUCUCAAGACAUUGCAGUAGAAAAUGCUUAAAGUCCAUCACUUCACUUUGCUGUACCUUUUACCGUCUAGAACAGAUUAAAAUGCCCAUUUUUUCAUCUUAUUAUUGUUAGUAAUAUAAUAAUGUUGAAUGAAUUGUAUACCCCUCUUUCAGAUACUGAAGGCUAAUGAAACAAAUGUUAUGAAGGGAGUAGUCUUGCUUGACUUGAUUCAUUCCACUGGCCUUGAUCCCUUGAAGAUUAAUGGGAUCCUAGGAAGAUAAAUGGAUAUAGGUUGAUGUAUUUUUUUUAAACAAGGCCGCUACACUGUAUUUUGAUGGAUGUGCAUCAAUGAAGCAUUGAUCCCUGCUUAAAAAGAACAAUAGGUUAUGUUAAAAACAUUCUAAGAGUAAGACAGACAAUCUGUACUGGUUACACAUCCAAACAAAAACACUUAAAAAUUCAUGAUUUAUUGAAUUUUCUUAUAUAUAAAUUCCCCAGAGAACUGAUACGAUAGAGUAUUGAUUUUUAAAAAUGAUGCCAUGAUCUUGUUACUCAAGUGUUACCAUUUGAUUUUGUAUUGUACUUUACUUGUAAUUGUGGGGAGUGUUGUUUUGUAACUUGUGCAGUUCUCACUCCUCCAUGUGAGGAAUCGUGCUCAUGUAUUGGGGAACAUUUAGUUAACUCACAGUGAAGGUUGAAGUUACCACUGUCUAUUCCUCUGUUCAGCCAAGAUCGGAUCACAGCUAUUAGUAUCUGGUGCUGAUCAGAGCAAGCUUAAAGAUCAAGGACUAUACCACCUACCCCAUUUUUACAAACAUAUUGCAAAUCAACCUGAACCACAAUGAAGUCUGUGAUUAGCGGUAUUAUGAAGUCUUUUAACCUGUACAGCUCUGAAGCAUCUUUUUAAUAUGUAAGAACUAAAGCAGAGCAGGACAGUGCAAGUAACAUCUUCACAUUCACAUGGAAUAAUUGGCCAGAUGCAAAUUUUCUUCAUUUUUUUAUAUUUCCAUUUUUGCUGUUAGAUAAAGCUGUGUGCUCUGCGUAAAUGUAUCAUUUAUUUGUUUCUGCUGUUACUUUUUUCUUUCAGUUAUUUUGCUAGAUUUGGAAGCUUGAUUUUUAUUUGCUGGAAAUUAGGAGCAAAAUUUAAACUUUUUUUUUUAAAUAAAAAUGUUCUGUGGCCUUUUCAGUAUGUGUUUAAGAAACAUGUCUGAGCUAUCCAGAGCAUGUACUUAAGAAACUGUGCGUUACAUCAGAAAUAAAUGUAACUUGUUUUGAUGAUCAGGAUGGAAACAAUUUUCAACAAUUGUGGUUGUCGAUAUGUAUUCAGGAGACAAUCCUCCACCUGUGACAACUAAAUAGCAAAGCAACAAGAAAUGUUUUAGCUCAGUUUAAGAAACCUGAUUAAAGAAAUCCCUGCCGUUCAUAAAAUGAGCCAAUACAUUCAGAAGGUCUUUCAGCAAAUAAUGACAGACAGGGCUACCUAUUUUGUAACAAGAAAUUCCCAUUGUUAUGCACCUUUCUGAUACCUUUUCUCCCCCAUGGAGAAUACCAAUAACAAUACAGUGUUUAGUUUAAAAUCGUCUUCAGAAUUGCAGCCUCUAAUUGCUGAACUCAGCUAAUCUGCAGCUUCACAUUCCUCUAUGAGACUGAACAAUCUUUGUGCGUAGCACUCAUCUCAUAUCUCUUACAGUACCUGCACUGCAUCUUCGUAAGAAAAACAAAUGGCAUGUUACAAAUAUAGCAGCAUGUAUUUUACUUACAGACUGACCAACUGGACAGUGUUUAUUUGUUGAAGAAACGAGUAAGGAUCAGCUUUUGGUCAUGUACUGUAAGUGAGACUGUCUCUCUGAGGACGUGUGACAGAUUCUCAUGCAGUGAGUGGAUUAGAUUGGAUUUCCCACUUCUAAAAACUUGCAGGCCUUGUGUGCAAGGAGCAGUGACGUUACAAUCCAGAUUAUUUCUGUCACCUUUCUGAAACCAGAAGUUGAUCUAAAGCCAAUUUAACAGGGUGUAUUUAUUGAGAAUAAUGUAGAAAGCAGGAUGGCACUGGUCUUAAUGAGACAGAUUCCAAUGCAGAAACUCAUGUUCUGCAUCUUCAAUGUGGCAAGAGCUGGGCUCAAUUAAGCAAUCUGGGGCUCCUCUUCUUUCAAAAGCAAGAACGUCUCAGGUCGCGUUCUUUGGAGAAAAAGCUCCCUCACUUUUUCAACAGGAAACUAUGCAAAUCGUCAUUCUAUUAACAAAAACCUAACUCCCCAACACCCUAACUCUUGUCUAGGUGUCUGGAACUUCUAGACAGUUAUAAGACAAACGCUGGGGAUUGGUGAAGACCCAAUAUAAGUCAAGUUCCUAACUCUGGACACUGCUGUUGUACUCCUAAGCAAGGAACUUAGGAUCCCCCAAACACCCCACAUGCCCAGUUCUGCAAGUGCGUAUCAGUGUUUCUGGGGGAUCAGUCUCGUUUCUUUUCUUGAAAGAGUCUUGAACUCUGUUUUCUUCUAACACCACAGAAAUUGGGAUCGUCUCAACGAGCCAACAGGGUAAUGAAAGACUUCACUUUGCAGCUGGCUGCAUUCCCCUCAAGCACAGAUUGCCUUGUAUUUUAGAUUGCCAUGGGAUGCUAAGGUAGAAAAAUCAAAUGGCCAGGUCUUUCUUUUGAUUCAUAUUUAUGUUCAGACUGACAGCAGGGAAAUUCAGACACUUCUGUGGGUCGGCCUCUCCACAGCCUUUAGUGACCCCUGUGUUAGCAGUUGAGGGUGACCUUGUAAUUACUUGACUGCUUUUGCCCUAAUGACAUAGAAACAAAGAGCUGGGUGAAAGUGUUGAUGGAUCUGAGAAUAAUACCGUGCCUAGCCCAGCAAUUACUCUUGUUUAGAGCUUUUACUUUCACGGUGAAACACAACCAGACAUCUUGAGUGUUGUACGAACGUAGCAGAGUAGAAGAAAAGGUGACCCUGGGUUGAAAAUGGCAGAAUACAAACUAAAUGUGACAUGAUUUUAGCUGAGCUAGGAGCUCUAUUUCUUCUAAGAUGUAGUUCUGGCCCAGUGUCAAAUAAGCAAGUCAGACUCGACUGUAAAAUGAGGUAUUCAUCAUUGUGAUAAAUUUGCCGAUUGGUGAAGCCGCCCUCAUCAUCUCCAGACUCGUUUGAGUUUACAAUUAAAUUCCUUUUGGCUCAGCAAAUAUCUGCAAUUGCAAUUGCAACUCAUCAUAAAGCGCAGUCAUAAAGUCUGUCUUCAUCUGCAGCACCAUAGCAAUUCUUUCCCCUUUUAGUAUCAGGUGCCUGAGCAUUCAGUUAUUUUGAAUUUAUUUUAUUAUGACAUUUUAUCCCUGACAAUGUGGGGAUGUAAAAACACUUGCUUUCCCCCUAAUCCCUAGUGAUCUGGUUUUAGUUUUCUCUGCUGGUCCUCUACAAUUUAGUAGCCCUAUAUAUAGCCCCACUGUACCUCCCCUUAGAAAUCUUAAUCUCAUGAAACAGGUUACUGUUAUCCGCAGGUGCUAACUGAACAGCAGGGUCCAACAGUGUCAAUGAAAUCUGGUGGUAGGAGGUCCAGUAAGGUGUGGAUGUCAGGAGUUUUCUGAAGCUUCUAUGAUCAAAAUGAGUGGAGCUUCAGAUACCCGCAGUAAAACUCAGGAUUUGCAUGGGGAGAGACUUUAGGUUGUAAUUCCUCAGAUGGAUAAUGUGUGAAGGAAGAAAAACCUGCAAAGAAAAUCUGUUGAAUUUCUAGAAUUUCAAACGAUGCCUGCCUCAUCGCCCAAGAGAUGCCAGCAGCACAAUUUGAUAGGGAUAGAAAAGAGCGCCCCCCCCCCCCACGGUUUUCAAUACAUUUGUAUGGAUUUACAGUGUACGAUUGUAAACAGCCACUGUUUCACAGCACCUUCUGUGUGCUUCAAGCAGCUCUUCUCAGGCCAUUAGUGAAAUUGCACUCAUGGUAAUAGAAAUACUGGAACCUCUUUCAUCGUAAUGGAAAGGACCUGUUAAAGCUCACAUGAUGUGAUCAUUUCUAAUCAACUGAUACAUCCAGCUUUUAUUCACCCCUCGGGUGCAAUUAACCAUUCAGGGAGCUAAAAAAAAAUGACUGCAGUAUGUGAUAAAGACACUGACUCCUACUGACUAAUUUAUGUGUUUCUUUAAUUAAGGAGCCAAUUGGACAUGUAACAUAAUUGCCCAUCAGAUGAGAAGUACAUCUCUUCCAGGCUGUAGGUCACCAGUAUGAGAAGGAGGUGAGAUAUCACUGGUGUAGCUCCAGCGUUCCUCCAUUACACUCACACUGAGCCUUGAAGAGUCUCUCUUGUCUUAAAUCAUUUAGUAAGGGCGCUGCUUUUAUUGCUUCUCACAAUCCCAAAACUUUCAAGAUACUUUGAGGAAACUUUUUUCAGGCUUUUAGCGCUUUAUAUGUUUAAUAAUGCCAGAUGUGGAAAAUCUGGAUGAAAACAGAGCCAACACUUGGGGAAAAAAAUCUUGAGCAAACUUUCCGAGCAAGAGAAAAAGGGGGCAAAUAUCCUCUUCUCUUUCACUGGCUUUAUGUUCUUAACCAGAAACGUUCCAUAAUGACGUACAGUACAGUCGAAAUUUCAACCUGACCUGAGACGGGAUUGAAUCAAAAUCCACUGGCCCAUUGCAGAAUACAAAACCCAGCACUUCCUAUGGGGUUCCAUUGUCUAAAAAAGCUUUUGUCCAAAAAUAACCCAGCCCGUGGUUGAGUCAAAAUAGGUUUGUAUGUUAUAAAUCAGAGGCUAAAAACUAGAAAGUUGGAAACCACUGGACCUGGUCCUGGUUUGAAGGUGUAUUGUUUUACUGUUGUACUGUGUUGUGAAGAAAAAAACAGUGUUUUGCCCCUGAUGGGGCUGUUGGUCUCUCCUCUCUGCGGGUUUAUUAUAGCACUCUAAUGCAAAGCCCCUCACACUCCCUUGCCUUUUUUCUUGAUUUUAUAGCAGAAGGCACUUCGGGUGACUCUAUGGAAAGACAGAGAAAAGAAACUGAAUUUCCCUGAAUGGCUCCUUACAAAGGGUCCUGAAUGGCCUCUGCUGUAUGUUCCAGCAGGGAGAAAACAUUGUCACAGCUUUCAUUCCUCCUGUGAUUUCCAAUUCGCAUGACAACUUUGCUUUGACAGCAGGUCUUUCACAAGGGUUGCAGAAAGCCUUCAAGUUCAGUUUAUUCGCAGUUUUGCACCUUUGACUCUGUCUAGCCUGCAUAAUCUACGUUAUUUCCCAUAUCAGGGCCUAUGAUUUCCUCCUGCUGGUUUUGGACCCAUUGCAUGAUCUACUCAUCUGACUGGCUCACUCAUCAGGGUCAUUCUUGGAGUUUCUAUAAAUUGUGACCUCCGUAAUGUGUCCUCUGUCCUUCAUGGCUCCGGCUUCAGCCCCUUUCUUAAGACCCCCACUUACAGGAGAUGUCUCCUGAAUCUCUUGUUCUCAUAUGGUUGGUAGCGAAGGAGCCAGGCUCUUUUUUCAGUGCCUUAAUUAAAUACUGUUGAAGAUUUUACCCUACACAAAAGAACAGAUUGGCAAGCAGCUCUCACUUUUUCAGGCAUGCUGUCCAUAGGCUCUGCCCAGGUAAUCCCCAGCAUUGUCCAUUUGAACCAGCACUGCUUCAAAAUGCGAGCUGUUAGAGAGGAACUAGCUUAGGAAUAGCUACAGUUCCGAAAAGUCAGAAGGCAGAAAAAGCUGAAAAGGAGUUAAGGGCAUGCUUUGGAAUAUGUCUUAUUUGUGAAUGCAAUAAGGCCUGACAGGAUGUCAAUAUACACUAUACCCAAUAUACAGGCAUGCUAUCAUAGGGCUACUCAACAUGCAGCCUCUCCAGUGCCCUCUAUUGCACCUUGUUAUAUUGUAGAGAUGAAAGGAGUCUCUUCACAGUUCAGAGAAGAUUUGAGAUGUUUUAAUUUGUGAUGAAAAAGGCCAUUUCCAGAGAAUGCCAAAGAAGACACAUACAAAGAGUAUCUCUCAUUCUGAAUCCAUGCAAUUUUACGGUAGGUUUAAUAGUAUAAGUACAUCUCUGGUCACCCUAUGUUAUGACCACGAAUGGCAUAUUUAGAAGUGACCGUUGCAUAUACACAAGGCACAAUGGCUGUUUCUGAUGUUAUCCCCACCUUUUUGUUAUUUCUAACAAGUCAAAUACAGUUUAAAAGGCACUCAAGACAGGUCAGGAAUGACCCACAUCACGUCAGGUUUCUUCAGUAUUGAUCGUGCAAUCUCCCUGUGGAUAUACUGUUACAAAACUGAGGACGGCUGUCGUAGGGUGACAAGGAAGUAGACUGGAGGGUCACAGGUUAAGUAGCCCAGUGUACAGUAUGAGUGUCACAGGGGUCUACAUUUCCUCAUUGUAUAGGUGUUAGGAUAUUUAAAUAAAAAUAAAAACAUCUUUCAGUUCUUAAAAUCGGUUGUAUGUAUUUUUAUAUGUAUUGUUUGAUCUGUCAAGAUAAGACCCUGCAGGUUGUCUGUAUGUGACUAAUACAUAUUGUACUACUUAGAGGUAAAAGGCUGCUUGUUCAGCCUAAGGCCCUGUAUUGCCCAUAAUGUCGAUAUAUUGUAUCGGUCUUACACAUGCCCUGUUAACUGUGUACUGACUGUACUGGUGUCAGUAUUUAUCAAAUUAAUUCAGGGAUUCUCAUCAUCACAGAAGGCCAUAUUUCAGUUUCUCCAGAUGUCUGAUUAUCUUCUAAUUCUGCCAAGAAAAAUACAAAUUCUUGGUGAUCUCAACCUAGACUGUAUUAAUAAAGUACUCCUCUUUCUUUUUACCUCAAAAGAUUGCUCCAAGGUACUCCUGCAGCUGUCCAGCAGAAACAUUCCACAACCAGUAGGCAGUAUGCUAACUGAUAUAGCCCCAAUGCCUUGUUGUCUGGUCAAACUGGACUUGUACAUUUUGUAGAAGUGUGCAUGUUUUUUGAUAUAUCCUCCUUGAAAAAGUAAUAAGCUUUCUCUCUCUCUCUCUUCACUGGGUCACUCCACUUUUCUUACUUCCCACCAGUGUCGAACACUUUGAUUAUUACCGCAACUGCUACUACAGUAAUCCUACUACUGUUGCGACUGCUACUUCUACCGCUUUGUUUGUUGUGAAGGUUAUAAAAAAUGAAAGCUCACGAAACUGGAAAGUGAUCUGGAAAGUGUUCCAAACAAAAAAAAAGUGAGAUGUGCUGUAAGCAAUGUUAUGUCUCUGUUUUUACAUAUUCAAAUAAAGAAAUUCAGACCAAA